AUGCCCAAUUAUGUGAAGUUCAUGAAGGAUAUACUCAACAAGAAGAGAAAUUUUGGAGAAUUCGAGACUGUGGCCCUUAGUGAGGAGUGCAAUGCUAUCAUUCAGAAGAAACUUCCUCGAAAGCUUAUGGAUCGUGAGAGCUUCAUUAUCUCAUGUGCAACUGGAGAAAAAUUCUAUGGGAAGGCUUUAUGUGAUCUGUGUGUCAGUAUUAACCUUAUGCGAUUGCCUAUUUUUAAGAAGCCGGGAUUAGGAGAUGUGGAUCUCACCACUAUUACCCUUCAACUUGCUGAUCAAUCGAUCACUUAUCUGAGGGGUUUAUAA